AAGCGUAUCCGACAUCACCUCCUAUUCUUUGCACAAGUGAGAGCUACCUAGAGAAAACAAUCAGAUCGAAAUGGCAAACACAUCUCUGCCUCUGGUGUUGACGGUGUUCAUCUCCUUGGUGGUGUCCUUCACGGAGGCGAAAUGGGCUGAGUCUGCGGCGGCGAAAAAGGAAGCAACACCGUCUGAGACUACAGUAACCAACCUCCAGUUCUACUUCCACGACACAAUCAGUGGGAAGAACCCUAGCGCCGUACGUGUGGCGCAAGCCUCCGACACCGAAAAGUCCCCGACGCUUUUCGGAGCCUUACUCAUGGCCGACGACCCACUCACCGAGACUCCCGACCCCAAUUCCAAGCUGCUCGGCCGGGCACAAGGGAUGUACGGGUCCUCUGGUCAGCAGGAGUUUGGGUUGAUUAUGGCCAUGAGCUUUGCUUUCACAGAAGGUACGUACAAUGGUAGCUCCAUUAGUAUUUUUGGAAAAAAUCCGAUCACGAAUCCGAUUAGGGAGUUGCCGGUUGUGGGUGGAACUGGGAUUUUCCGGUCGGCUCGUGGAUAUGCGAUUGCUCAUACGCAUUGGUUCAAUAAUGACAGUGGCGAUGCGAUUGUAGGAUACAAUCUAACUGUAGUUCACUAGAGCUAGUUUCCUAUGAACUUUUAUUUUCUUUUUAGGAAUUAUCUAUUUCAACAAUAAUUGUGUCAAUCUAAACUGAGUUGCUUGUUUAGCUUUGGAUUUCUUUGAUGUUCUUACUUGUCUCAUCUCUCUAAUGGACCAUUUUGUUUGAAUAU